GCCGGGAGGAUGUGAGCUCACUCCCGCCUCCCCCCUGCGCCGCCAGGAAGCGUCCGCCCGAAGUCUGACAACGGGCUGGCCGAGGAGUCACCGGCGCGUCAGGUUCCGUCUCUCCUGGCGCCAUACGCGGUAGCUUUUUUCCGGAUGGGUACGGAGUAAAGGCGGGCGGCGGGGCGGAGGCAGCGCCCCACUCCUAAACGCCGCGCCGCCCGCGGCCGAGGGUCGCCGAUAGAGCGUAGGCGCGCAGGCGCACGCUCGGCCCGGUCGCGCUUCCGGCCGGGCCACGUGACCGCGCGUGCACGUGUUCCGGCCACUCGGCGCUGGGGUCCGAACCUCCUCCUGGUGCGUCUCUCGGCGGCUGCCAGCCUAGAGCCGCCACAGGCCCAGAGGGGAGGCGGCGGGCCCGGGAAGCGGCGGAGACGCGGCGCCCGCCCAGCCGGGCUGAGCAGCAGGCCCGGUGGGCUGGCGGCGGCUUCGCCAUGAACCCUAGGGGCCUGUUCCAGGACUUCAACCCGAGUAAGUUCCUCAUCUACGCCUGCCUGCUGCUCUUCUCCGUGCUGCUGCCCCUCCGCCUGGACGGCGUCAUCCAGUGGAGCUACUGGGCGGUCUUCGCCCCCAUAUGGCUGUGGAAGCUCCUGGUCAUCGCCGGCGCCUCAGUGGGCGCAGGCGUUUGGGCCCGCAACCCUCGAUACCGCACGGAGGGGGAGGCCUGCGUGGAGUUCAAAGCCAUGUUGAUCGCCGUGGCUAUCCACCUGCUGCUGCUCAUGUUCGAAGUCCUGGUCUGCGACAGGGUGGAGAGGGGGACCCACUUCUGGCUGCUGGUCUUCAUGCCACUUUUUUUCGUAUCCCCAGUGUCCGUGGCCGCCUGCGUCUGGGGCUUCCGACACGAUAGGUCCCUAGAGCUGGAGAUCUUGUGCUCUGUCAACAUCCUGCAGUUCAUCUUCAUCGCCCUAAGGCUGGACAGGAUUAUCCACUGGCCGUGGCUGGUGGUGUUCGUGCCCCUGUGGAUUCUCAUGUCGUUCCUCUGCCUAGUCGUCCUCUAUUACAUCGUCUGGUCCCUCCUGUUCCUUCGAUCCUUGGAUGUCGUUGCGGAACAGCGAAGGACACAUGUGACUAUGGCCAUCAGCUGGAUAACAAUUGUCGUGCCCCUGCUCACUUUUGAGGUUCUGCUCGUUCACAGAUUGGACGGCCACAAUACAUUCUCUUACAUCUCCAUAUUUGUCCCCCUUUGGCUUUCAUUAAUAACUUUAAUGGCCACGACGUUUAGGCGGAAGGGAGGCAACCAUUGGUGGUUUGGGAUUCGCAGAGAUUUCUGUCAGUUUCUGCUUGAAAUUUUCCCAUUUCUAAGAGAAUAUGGGAACAUUUCCUAUGAUCUACAUCAUGAAGAUAGUGAAGAAGCUGAAGAAACAUCAGUCCCAGAUGCUCCUAAAAUUGCUCCAAUGUUUGGAAAGAAGGCCAGGGUAGUUAUAACCCAGAGUCCUGGAAAGUAUGUUCCCCCGCCUCCCAAGUUAAAUAUUGAUAUGCCAGAUUAAACUCCUCUUCCAGAGAGCACCCAUAUGUGGAACAGAAAUCAUAAACACACAAUCCACCUUAUUUUUGCCUUUGUUCAUCCAUCCCAAUCUUGGAACUGAAAAUAGGCUCCAAACACCAUAUCAUCUCAUGCCUUGAGAUUAAUGCCUGUCAGUUACUCAUCAGUGUGCACCAUAGAGGAGGUGAUUUUAAUAUCACAGCUGUGUGUGUGUGUGUGUGUGUGUGUGUGUGUGUGGUGUGCACAUGUGCGAGAGAAUUUGCUUUCCAGGCUGAUGCUUUAAAAGCUAGCUUGGAAGCAGGCAGUUGAAUAGUAGGUCUUCAAGUGAAAUAACUAUACAGCUGGGUUGUUUUUUUGUUUGUUGUGGGGUUUUUUUUUUUUAUGGUACUAUGCCUAUCAGACGUAUUGUUUGAAAGUAUUUUUAUACACUGCAGUCUAAAGUUGUAUUUCAGAUUGUACCUGUUGUGACAUAAUCAAUAGCAAAUGUAAAAAGAAUUCUUUUUCCUGCCACUUGUUUAUAAGCCUUCAAGUUGUUAUUUUUAGUGUUCCUACUGUUAAAAUAGUUUUCCUUUGGGUUUUGCUGAUGCUGGUCUUCAACAUCAUAAAAGGUGAAUUUUUCUAAUGCAGUGAAUUCACGCAUAUAUGAAAUUUAUAUGAAUGUUUUAGCAACGUGAUAUGUUGAAUUCUAGUUCUGUGUAUUACGACGUAUUAAAGUAUUUUUUUUAAGUUUA